AUGCCUACGUGCUCUGUUUUGAUUCGCCGCGCGCUAUGUGUCGGAAUGGUUCUGCUGGCCACCGUCGUAACGGUGGCCUUGGGUAGCACGGGUCAGUCGGGGCCCAAAUCUCAAGAAGAUUCCUCUGGCACUGUCGAGCAGCUACCUUUCUGUGCAGAUGAUGUAGCCCGCCAGCGUGACCUUAACGAUGGCUUGGUAUUCGUUACUACACUAGACGGAAAAUUGUCGGCUCUGGAUAUGUUAAACGGUGGUGUCGAACGUUGGAGCAUCCAGACUGGCCCUGGAUCAUUACUUUCUUCAAGUAUCCAUCGUCUCGAAUUGACUAACAACGGAAAGUGGGUCCGCAUGAUACCUUCGCUGAGUGGCAGCCUUUAUAAAUUUGACGGUGAUUCAAUCGAACCGAUUCCCUUUAGCGCAGAAGACCUGCUGAAAUCUUCGUUCAAAUUUUCGGACGACCUUGUAAUAUCGGGUGGUAAAGAAACUCGAUCGUACGGUGUGUCGAUGCAAACCGGUCAGCUGAUCUACGUCUGCACGAUGCAAGGCUGUAAAAAUGCAACCGAGCUUGCAACGGAGCUGACAGAAAAUAAUAAAUAUGGCCCGCCUGUGAAUCAGCGUGCGACGGGCGACAGUGGGACUGUUGAUCCCACGCAGGAAGAUGUGCUUGUCGUACGGAGACAAACUCAAACGGUUCGGGCCGUAGAAUCGCGUACCGGAAGCGAAAGGUGGAAUUUUAGUAUCGGCCAUCACGAAGUAGAAAAAAUGAGCAACGCAGAUUGCCGUGGCGGCAAGGAACGUAAGGAAAUAAACCCAGUGAUACUUGAUCUUGAUCUUCGCGUGAUUAUACCUGAGGGCGUUAUUUGUGCCGUCCGCAAGAGUGCACCAGGUGAGAUAGUUUGGCGACAUAAGUUCAGCGUCCCGAUAGUCAGAGCAUGGCGAGCAUCGGAUAGCAACGAUGAUGGUCUUGUUGGAAUAGAUUUUUUCGAUCGUACAGACUGGCUAUGGAACGGUAAUGUAGAUGAUAGUAGUACUGAGCAGCCUCCGUUAGUAAAUCCGUCCCUGUACAUUGGCAUGCAUGAGAAGCAACUGUACAUUCAAGAAUCGGAUGCUUUGAUGAACGAACGGGUGGAAAAAAUGCAAGAAUUCGCGUUGCUAACGGACGACAGUAAGAUGCCCAAUAUUCCUUGGAAGCCUUUGCCGGCUAAUCCUUCAGUCGCAGGACUGAUUACGCAUGGCGAUACUUCUGUGGGUGUAAUUAAGGCUGAAGACGAAUCGGUUGAAUCGACGGCUAUCGCUCGUUCAGUGCUGUACGCCUCCACUUAUAUCAAUGGAAACGGGUUCUUUCUGGUGUAUGAUCCCGAGCAUGGCGAACAGUGUGAUCAGCAUGGUGAGGAUCAAAGCAAAGUCAACAAUAGCACGGGUUACGCGGAAAAUGCGAAUGCCGAGGCUGGAAACGAUGAAAAUAUAGACACGAUGUUCGAUGCACCAGUCAAAGUGAUCAUCGUGUCGAUGUGGUUCUGGUGGAAGGAAAUAUUGAUCAUUUCGAUAACGACUGCUCUGAUACUGAACAUGAUGCUCAAGCUGCGAGCCGAAAAACUACCCGUAAUGGUGGUAGUCGAACGUAAGAUUACCGUUCCAAUACCGACAGCAGUCGAAGCAGUCGAAGAAUUUCCUCCUGCGAUUCGAAUGGGAACGGUGCGCAGUUUCUCGGAAUCCAGUUCUGGAAAUGGGCCCCCGGCGAUAAUGGAAAAUUUUACAUCUCGCUUUCGCGAUGACUUUGACCUGGUUCAAUGUCUCGGUAAGGGUGGUUUUGGGGUGGUAUUCGAAGUUCACAACAAAUUGGAUGACUGUCGGUACGCUAUUAAGCGUGUCGUAUUACCAAACAAGCAGGAAUCGAAGGAUCGUGUUAUGCGGGAAGUCAAAACGUUAGCCCAUUGCGAACACCAGAACAUUGUUCGGUAUUUUCAUGCGUGGGUCGAAACACCUCCUCCUGGAUGGCAGGAACGCCACGAUCGCGAAUGGAUCGAACGAAAUUGUCUCUCGACGUCGAUCGAUAUUGAAACACCGACCGACACAUGUCCACCGCUGCCGGGUGAACUGUCCGUUGCAACGGCAUCUUCCUUUGAAGUUGGUAUGAAAAACGUGCGCCUGCCUCCGUCAUCGGUGCAGUCAAACCUAUGGAUACCGCGACCAGCUGAACAAAACUUUUCAUUCGCGAACGGUAUGGGUGAUGGACAAUCAUUACGGCGCGUCGAGGAAAGCGACAGUUGUUCCUAUAUAGAAUUUCGGGCUGAUACCGAACAGGCACCAGAUGAUGACGACGAUGCGUCCACUUCGUCUUCUGAUUCAGAUGAGAUUUCAACUGUACAGAGCAACGGAAAGCAUGCAUCGAAUGAAGAGACAGAAGAUGACUCGUUAGAUAUCAUCUUCAAGGAACCAUCUGGCAGCGCCGGCAUUAGUACUGGAGUCGUUCAUCACGCGGUAUCAAUUGAUAUUUCUUGUUCACCGACAACUGACCAGCGUCCAAAGCCGUCGACACAUAACGCCGAUAAGGCUAACUGUUCUAAGGCAGCGCAGCAAAGCAAAAAUCCUUUCCGUAAAACACACCGCCGACCGCUUUCACUCGAUCUCACCAGUUCUGGAAGCGUGCGACCGCUUGCGGCCGAUUUAAAGCUAGGAAGCCUCCUUACAUCAAACCAGUCAACCGCCGAUUCGGUACAGAGCAACAAAAUUUAUCUUUACAUUCAAAUGCAAUUGUGCCACAAGCAGUCACUCAAGGAGUGGCUAAGCCUGAAUGGGUUCCCUGGGCGCAGUGAUAAGAUUGUGCCGAUAUUUGAGCAGAUCGUAUCCGGUGUUGAGUAUGUGCACCUAAAAGGACUGAUUCAUCGUGACCUGAAGCCUAGCAACAUAUUUUUCUCACUUGAUGGAAGAAUAAAGAUAGGCGACUUUGGACUUGUUACAGACUCGACCGAUCAGCAGUACGACAAUGAAAAUAACAUGCCUUCGAUGGUACCUGAUCGGCACACGCGGCAGGUCGGCACGCAGUUGUACAUGUCACCGGAGCAGCUAAAAGGUCUGCCCUAUGAUUAUAAGGUCGACAUAUAUUCGCUUGGUUUAAUUCUGUUCGAGUUACUAGUAAGCUUUGGCACGGAGAUGGAACGCAUUUGUACACUAAAGAGCGUACGCAAAAGCAUUUUUCCGGACAAUUUUGAGGAAGAUCAUCGAUACGAAUUCAAACUACUAACGCUGAUGCUGGCUGAAGCACCUAACAAGCGACCAACGACGUUUGGCAUUAAGGCACAUCCGCCUUUUAAGAGAAUUUCUUCUAGCAAAUCGGCGAACUCGCUAGGUGUCGUCGAUGAAGCGCUGGUCGUUGAUGGGAUUCCUGGUUCGACGCCGGGAUCUUUCGAGUCUGACGAUGGUGACGAAUGGCAUUUCGAGCUACCUCCUCGAAGGAAAGACAGUCGUACUUACACUACAUCCGGAUCCGGAACGGGUAGCGGAUCUGCUGGUACAUCGGCCCCCAAUCUGUGCUAUUGAAAGAGCACCAAUUUACCCUGUAUUGUGUUAGACUAAGAUAUAAGAUUGUGAAUUGCUGCUUAAGAUGCAAAAGACAGACAGUGACGGUGUUAGUUGCCGAGGUAACACGUGUAUUUGAAUGUUAUUUAUAUGUCGCCCGACGGUUGUUUAUAGUCUUAACGCAUCCCGGUGAAUUAUCACGCUAUCGAAGAAAGCGAUAAGCGUAGUUUUAAUAGCCACAUGUUCUUACGUGAAGAACGGCGGUAAGUGAAAUAAUAAUGUUGAAUAAAAUGAAGGAA